AGUGUUGUCACUGGCCUGUCGUUGUGUCCUGAAUGAAGUUGCUCGUAUUUACUAUGAAAGAAGAUCAUUUUGAACACGACAAGACUUUGGUAGUACAAUACAAAAGAAGGGGCGUUUUUUUGUGAGUUGUAAUAUGCAAUCUGCGAGGAGGGCGACCCUUCGGCACACGUUCGGCGUACGCGAAUGCAGCGCGAUAAUCGCGCCAUCUGCAUUCUGCGGCAGGCGUCUCCGCGGCCAUGGUAACACUCCAUCGUGGAGCAAACAUUUGCUCUUCACGCGCGUAUGACGAUUGUUUUCUUGUCGCUUUUGUGGUCGCAUAUCCGAAUAUUGUCGCUAUUGUUGCCGUUGUUGGGGUUUACAAAGGGCGAGGUGGCGGUUUUCGUGAUUAUUUAUCACCACCCGGUUUGCUGUUGUGUUCCUGGCCUGGCCUGCACUGGACCGGAGGCGACGCUGUUAGCAAACAGCUAGCCAGAUGAUCAAGUGGGAAUAAGCUGUCAUGCACCAUGAAUUUGUGCGAGAUCUAUGACAAUGCCAAAAAGGGUCGCGAGUACGCUUUGCUGGGCAACUACGACUCGUCCGGCGUGUACUACCAGGGCGUCCUGCAGCAGAUCAACAAGCACUGCCAGACCCUCAAGGACCCGGCGCUUAAAGUCCGAUGGCAGCAGGUGAGAGAGGAGCUGACCGAGGAGUGGGAGCAGAUCAAGAGUAUCGUGGCUGUGCUCGAAGCCUUCAAGACGGAGAGGCCGGUGACCGUACCCGUUCCUCAGUCGGGGGGGAGCGCCGAGGACCCGGCCGCGUGGCCGCCCCCCAUGCCUGCGGAGCACAGGAAUCCUGUCGCUGCAAAGCGCCCCAACAGUGGAGUGAAGCAGCAGAAGAAAGAUUCGCCUGGUCUGCAGCAUCGAGGGGAAGGACAAGAAGGCCGCGGGCAGGCCAAAACUAAGGCCGAGCGUGGCCGCAACGCGAAAUCCAACGAGGAGGGAAAGAAAGGUGAAAAGGAGCAUAAAAAGUUUGAUGGUGUGGGACAUGACAGCGACCUGGUGGAGUCGCUCGAGCGAGACAUCGUGUCCCGCAACCUGAAUGUACACUGGAACGACAUAGCGGAUCUGGAGGAUGCUAAGAAGUUGCUAAGAGAAGCUGUGGUGCUGCCCAUGUGGAUGCCCGACUUCUUCAAGGGCAUUCGACGGCCCUGGAAGGGUGUGCUCAUGGUGGGCCCCCCGGGUACGGGCAAGACCAUGUUGGCCAAAGCCGUGGCGACAGAAUGCGGGACGACGUUCUUCAACAUGUCCUCGUCCACCCUGACCUCCAAAUACAGAGGCGAGUCAGAGAAACUCGUCCGCCUGCUCUUCGAAAUGGCCCGCUUUUACGCACCAACGACCAUCUUCAUAGAUGAAAUCGACUCCAUCUGUAGCAGAAGAGGAACGUCCAAUGAACAUGAAGCCAGUCGCAGGGUCAAAUCCGAGCUUCUGAUUCAAAUGGAUGGUGUGGGUGGCGCCCAGGACAACGACGACCCUUCCAAGAUGGUCAUGGUCCUCGCCGCCACCAACUUCCCGUGGGACAUUGACGAGGCGUUGCGCCGACGCCUGGAGAAGCGGAUCUACAUCCCUCUGCCGACAGCUGUGGGUCGCGUGGAGCUUCUAAAGAUCAACUUGCGGGAGGUGGAGUUGGCCGCCGACGUGGACCUGGACCUCAUCGCCGAGAAGACGGAGGGCUACUCCGGAGCCGACAUCACCAACGUCUGCAGGGAUGCGUCAAUGAUGGCCAUGCGGCGGCGAAUCCAGGGCCUGAGCCCGGAGGAGAUCCGAGCCCUGUCCAAAGAAGAGCUCCAGAUGCCCGUGAUGAUGGAGGACUUCACGCUGACGCUCAGGAAGAUCUCCAAGUCAGUCUCCGCUGCGGACCUGGAAAGAUACGAAGCCUGGAUGUCCGAGUUUGGUUCGGGGUGAAGGACUUCUCGGACAAUGGCUGACUAACCUCUAAUCCCGAUGUCUAGUAUGCCAGAUGAAUACGUGAGAGUGUUUCAAACCUCUUUUGAGUUAGGCACAAUUCAUUCAUGCGUUGAGAAUACAGGUUUUUAAACGAGGAUUGAAGCAGACGCAACUGCUGAUGUCAUCAACUAGGGAUGGGCUUUUGACCACGUGGACAAUGAACAAUAACAAUCCGGUCAGGACUUUUCAAAACUACCAAUCGCAGCACGGCGACAGCCUUUCGCACUGCUCGUUGAGUUUGUUGCGUAUGAACCUCACCGCCGCUGAAUGGGGGUACGAAGUCGAGCCGGCAAUGUUGCGUCCGACCUUUGGAGUUUGUAGCAGAGUUGGAACAAAUGCGGGAUGCCGCCUGCGUGUCAGGGAAUCCCACAAGCGGGCUGGGAAAUGUUAUCGUUUCAUCGACGCUUGUGCUGCGCUGGCGUCGAGCCGCCGUCUCGCGUGCUGUGCUAGCUUCACCUGUGGAUGUUUUUGACGUGUCCUCAAAACCAAUAAAUGAAUGAAUAGUUUU